GUCGUCAAGAAAGAUGAAAGUGCGUAUAUACCUCCACAACAGAUUAUCCCUAUUCAUUAAGCGGCUAGACAUCCUGAUAAAUGCCAACUGGAUUGCUCGUGGGGGACAAGCUGAAGAGGACUCUCGUUGUUCCAUGGCAAUGUUUUCCAGCCAGAUGACUUCCACUCCUUUCUCAGUGCGGGACAUACUAAACCUGGAGCAGAAUCAGGAGGACAUGGUGUCUUUGGACAUGUCUCAGCGGCUGGACAGUAGCCUUAUUCCUACAUCAUCCUGCAUGCUGUCAACUUUUAAACAAGAGCAGUUCAUGGAAAUGCCAUCCGGUGCCUCUCUUUUUAGCGAAGACCUUCAGGAGGACAAAGCCAACAAAAACGUCUCUCUGAACUUCAACACCGCUGCCUUUUAUGGGAAGAAUUACUUAGAACUGGACUAUGUUAAAGACGGCAAGACGGAUGACACAUUUGAGGAAAAAGAGAAAAAAGACAUCAGCUGCUCUCAGGAAGAGGCGAGCGAGGAUCUUAAACUGGAGGAUUCCGAUCGUCCCAAACAGAGGAAACGAAGGAAGCCUCGCGUCCUCUUCUCUCAAGCGCAGGUGUACGAGCUCGAGCGACGCUUCAAGCAGCAGAAAUAUCUCUCUGCUCCUGAGAGAGAUCAUCUGGCCAAUGUGCUCAAACUCACCUCCACACAGGUGAAAAUCUGGUUUCAGAACAGACGCUAUAAGUGUAAAAGACAGCGCCAGGAUCAGACCCUGGAGAUGGUGGGCAUCGCCCCUCCAAGACGUAUCUCCGUGCCUGUUUUGGUUCGAGACGGGAAGCCCUGCUUGGGAGACACGUCCACUUACAACACAUCUUACAAUGUGGGAAUCAAUCAUUUUACCUAUAACACGUACCCGGCGUUUAGUAAUUUCCCGAGCCCAGGCAACACGAACUACUCAUGCAAUUACCCAUCGAGUAUGCCGACCAUCCCGUCCUCACAGUCAAACAGUAAUUACGUGAACUUUGGAGUUGGGGAUCUAAAUAACGUCCAGGCAUCAUUUCAGUCCAGCAGCGGGGUAUCAUCAUUACAUGGCAUCCGGGCUUGGUGAAAUGGACGAUACAAGACGAACUGCAUGAGUUUUUUCAGUAUUAUUGUGAUUAUUAAUGAUAGUUUACGGAAAAGCAGAUCCAGCUGGGAUGAUUUUUGUUUGUUUGUUUGUUUGCUUAAGCUUGCUUUUAAAAUGGUAGAUGGUCAGUUACACGUUUAUACGUUCAUUUUCACACUUUUAUAUCUCUCAUUAAACGCUGUCUAAAUAACUUGAUUGCACUUGAGUUAAAUUAUGAAAAAUUUAAAUCAACCGCAGAACAUGGAGCCUAUUUAUGAUUUUUCACUCGAUGUAUUAUCAUAAGUCCCUUUCAACCUUCAAAUAGGGGGAAAUUACAAAGUUUGUAACUUUCUUUCUUUCUUUCUUCGUUUUAAUUGAAGAUCAUAGUUAUUUUUGUGUGUAACACAUACAGACUGAAACUUUAUCAUACUAUAACAAAAAAUAGCACGAUACAAAAAGUAUGAAAAUACUCGAUAUAAAAUGCUUUUAUUUUCAUUGUGUAAAUUACCAGAUCGCAUAAAUAAUACGUAAAGAUGUUUUAUUAUUCAUUGGUCUGUGCCGUUUUGAUUUGUAUUUUUGUAAUAAUAAAAACUUUGCAAGAAUGUAUCCAUUUAUCAUUUCGUUUGUAGGCUAUAUAGCAAAGUAUCCG